CUAAUUCACCUCUUUCUAUACAGCAAAUGGCGGACGACGCCGGUGCUGCGGGAGGAGCAGGAGCCGCCCGAGGGGGAUUCAGGGGCGGCUUCGGGACCGGGCUGAGGGGCCGCGGGCGAGGCCGUGGAAGGGGCCGAGGGAGAGGACGGGGAGCCCGAGGGGGCAAAGCGGAGGAUAAGGAAUGGAUUCCUGUCACCAAACUCGGUCGCCUGGUGAAGGAUAUGAAGAUCAAGUCUCUGGAGGAGAUCUAUCUCUUCUCCCUUCCCAUCAAGGAGUCAGAGAUCAUCGAUUUCUUCUUGGGGUCUUCUCUAAAAGAUGAGGUGUUGAAGAUCAUGCCUGUCCAGAAACAGACUCGUGCUGGUCAACGUACCAGGUUUAAGGCUUUUGUUGCUAUCGGAGACUACAACGGCCACGUUGGUCUGGGCGUUAAAUGCUCUAAAGAAGUAGCUACAGCUAUUCGCGGGGCCAUCAUUUUGGCUAAAUUAUCCAUCGUCCCGGUGAGACGAGGAUACUGGGGGAACAAGAUCGGCAAACCUCACACUGUGCCUUGCAAGGUUACUGGGCGCUGUGGGUCUGUCCUGGUGCGUCUGAUCCCAGCACCUCGAGGUACAGGCAUCGUGUCUGCCCCUGUUCCUAAGAAGCUGCUGAUGAUGGCUGGAAUUGAUGACUGUUAUACAUCAGCCAGGGGCUGCACUGCCACGCUGGGCAACUUUGCUAAGGCCACCUUCGAUGCCAUCUCCAAGACAUACAGUUACCUGACUCCUGACCUCUGGAAAGAGACUGUAUUCACCAAAUCUCCUUACCAGGAGUUCACUGAUCAUCUGGCUAAGACCCACACCAGAGUCUCAGUGCAGAGAACCCAGGCAGCUGCUGUGGCAACUACUUAAAGUGGUUUUUGUACAAGACAAUAAAGUGGACAGUGGACAAGAAA